UCCAAUCUAAAUUAAUUAUUUUCCGGAACUUUGUUCGUGGGCAGUGGCCUUGAUAGGAAAAACCCGAUUCGGACCGAGCAGUGUACUUAAUUAAUAAAUCGACUGAUCCGUUCGUGAAAAACCGAUCUCCCGGCCGUUGACCGACGUGUCAACGUUGACGGAGCCAGUGACGACCGUUUGCGACAUAGUUAUGGGGCCGCUGUGACACGGUGGUUCGGUCGCAGCGUGUUAUGCACUCGUCAAUUCGUAUUUCCACCCCGGUCCUGUUCACUGUAACCUUGAGUGUAUUCACUAUUGCGGGUCUACGUCAAAGGUGACAACGGGCCAAGAGUAUUCAGCUUCAUUCGGCUGGCAAGCAACUGCGCGGACGGGGGGGCGCGAGGUGUCGGUGUCAAGGUGUAACCUAACCUUAAAAUGCGAGCAUCCGUGAUCACCGAUGUGAUUGUACUGUUCGGGCUGCACUUGUUGUGUUGGUGUUGCAUCGCGGUUCAGGCCAGCGGCGGAGCUCUAGACGCGAGCCCGAACUUCCAAUCCGGAUCCUCCGGAAGCUCACAUUCCAAAAUCACAGCAUUCUCCACCACCCUCACCGAUGGACUGGCCCAGGCCGUGGCCCAAGAAGCUGGUUCCGAUACUUGUAACGAUGACCUAGCUUGUCUUACAAUGGCUUCUCAUGAUCGACUAGGUUUAGAAGCUAUCAAAUCACUCCACAGUCAACUAGAUGACGAUGCCAAUGGGAAUGUGGACCUUUCAGAGUCAGAUGAUUUUUUAAGGGAAGAAUUACAAUAUGAAGCUGGAUAUGAAAGAAGACAGAGGGCUUUUCAUCAUAACGAUGAUAUGCACAUCAGUGUUAGAGAACUUUGGGAAGCCUGGUUAAGGUCAGAGGUCCACAAUUGGACUAUAGAGCAAACGUCUGAGUGGCUGUCUUCUAAUGUAGAGCUUCCUCAAUAUGUUCCUACUUUUAUACAACAUCGUGUGACCGGUGCUACACUUCCAAGGCUGGCUGUGAACAAUAUGCAUUAUGUAAGUAAUGUUUUGGGGAUCAAGGAUCCCAUACAUAAACAAAAGAUUGCCUUAAAAGCUAUGGAUGUAGUUCUCUUCGGACCACCAAAAGACACUGGUCACAGUAUCAAAGACUUGAUAUUGAUAACACUGUUAUUUGGAGCACUUAUUGGAUGCUGGUAUGCUUAUCAACAGAAGAAGAACUCGCAGAAACACCUUCAUAGAAUGAUGAAGGACAUGGAAAGUUUACACAAAGCUGAAUUGGCACUCGAAGACUUACAAAAAGAACUAGAGAGAGCGCGAUUGGAACAAGAAAGUGCCACAACAGAAAAACAGAACUUGGAGAAACGCCUGCAAGAUGAAAGUAUGGGAUUGCAUGCAUCGUAUUCGGAUCUUGAAGUGUCUCAGUUAAAAGCAGAAAUUGAAAUGUUAAAAGUUGAGUUACAACGCGCGGAGGGUGAACUUGAAGACAGAUGUUGGUCUCCGCCACCAGGACUACAACACUGGUUACAAUUAACUCACGAAAUCGAAAACAAAGGGUAUAUAAAGAAGAAGAUAGCAGCGGAAAAGCAAUUGCAACAAGCACGGGAAGCAUGUGAAAAAUUACGAAAAAAACGAUCGAGCUUAGUAGGAGCCUUCGUUUCGACUCACGGAAAGUCGAUUGACGAAGUUGAUAAAAGUAUUGUUGAAGCGAGGACCUCACUGAACGAAGUCACCGCGGAACUACAGGAACGCGUGCAUCGUUGGAAGCAAAUCGAACUCCUUUGCGGUUUUAAUAUAGUCAAUAAUAAUGGUUUAACCUAUUUAGAAACUGUUCUCUACAGAGGAACACCAAACGGCAGAGGUCUUGGACUAAGAGGUCGACUCAGUAGCCAAGAUGACUUAGAUGACGAAGCAAGCUCAGUGUACUCACCCUCCACGUGCGGUGGCGCAGGUAACUUGGACAGCCUGAUAUGGAAGGAGUCAUCGAUGCCUCCGGACUCGUCCAGCAGCGAAACAGGCAAGGACACACCGCCCGAGAGUAAUGUGGUGCACUUCACCAUGGGCGAGGGUCCAGAGGACAUUGCCAAGGCGUGCAGCAAAGAGAAGACAGGAAUAGUACGCUCCUACAGUCAGGACACCAAUAUGCUCAUGACCUUAGAGGACAAAGCUAACUCAGCAUUCCUGUCGAAGAUAUCCUAUUCGGAGAACUCGUUGGACUCGUCGAUUCCAGAGAGGUCGGGACAUCAGAAAGGUGGUCAGCAAACGUCAACAACGACCACAUCGACGACAACGACCGGCGGCCAUAAGAAAAUGCUUAGAGAACUGCCGAGGGAUCUGCCGACAGUGAUGUCCGUGGACGACGAAACGUUGUCCACCGACUCGAACUCCACCACGGAUAACGACGAGCUGAAACGGAGACGCCGGAAGUUUCCCCAGUUCCCGCCUUUCCGAAAGAACAAGGCCAAGGUCACGUGAUGCCCGUCGCCAUGCUAGUCAUAACAUUAAUCGUGGCAUCGUUUAUUCCUUUUACUUAACGCUAACUCUUUACGAUUAGUUGGUAAAGAAAAAAAAACCGCGAUGUGCACUUAACAAUUAAUCUUCGAGAACCGGUUAAUCAAUGAUUUAGCGAUUAGAACACUGGCCGGAUAUGUACAUACAUGUACACAAAGG